AUGGCUAGUAGUGAGAAGGUAUUCCGAGCCUGGGGUUGUCCUACCCGUCGACUUACAACGCUAUCCUAUCUCGCUAUACCAAGGCAUCAUCCAGCGCUGCCGUCUUCAGCACUGUCCCACCCCCCUUCUUCUUUGCGAUCUGCCCGUCAUUUCUCAGUGACGGCCGCUAGGAAAUCAAAUAAGCACCCGAAGGGCUUUGUGCCACCGACGGCCGCCGAUAUCGCCGAGCUGCGCGAGCGCGUGCAGGAGUUCGCGCGCCGCGAGAUCACCGAGGAGGUCGCCGCCCGCACCGACAAGAGCAAUGCCUUCCCGCCCGACAUGUGGCAGAAGUUGGGUGAGGCUGGCUUCCUGGGCUUGACGGCCGACGAGGACGUCGGUGGCCUCGCCUUGGGCUACCAGGCCCACUGCGUCGCCAUGGAGGAGAUCUCCCGCGCCAGCGGCAGCAUCGGCCUCAGCUACGCCGCCCAUUCCCAGCUCUGCGUCAACCAGCUCCAGCUCAACGGGACCCCCGACCAGAAGCGCCGCUUCCUCCCCGGCCUCAUCGCCGGCACCCAGGUCGGCGCCCUCGCCAUGUCCGAGUCCGGCGCCGGCAGCGAUGUCGUCAGCAUGCGCACCGUCGCCCGCCGCGUCGACGGCGGGUUCCGCCUCAGCGGCACCAAGAUGUGGAUCACGAACGGCCCCGACGCCGACGUGGUCGUCGUGUACGCCAAGACCCGGCCCGACGCCGGGUCCAAGGGCAUCACCGCCUUCAUCGUGCGGACGGCGUCGCCCGGCUUCAGCUGCGCGCGCAAGCUCGACAAGAUGGGCAUGCGCGGCAGCAACACGGGCGAGCUCGUGCUCGACGGCGUCUUCGUGCCAGACGAGGACGUCCUCGGCGCCGUCGACGGCGGCGUGCGCGUGCUCAUGGAAGGGCUCGACCUCGAGCGCCUCGUGCUCAGCGCCGGGCCCCUCGGCCUGAUGCAGGCCGCCCUCGACGUCGCCCUGCCCUUCGUCCACCAGCGCAAGCAGUUCGGCGCCCCUGUCGCCCACAACCAGCUCGUCCAGGGCCGCCUCGCCGACAUGUAUACGAAGCUGCAGGCGUCGCGCGCCUACACCUACACCACUGCCCGCGCCGUCGACGAGGGUGACGCCAUUCGCACCCAGGACUGCGCCGGCGCCAUACUCUAUGCAGCCGAGCGCGCCACCGAAUCCGCCCUCGAUUGCAUCCAGCUGCUCGGCGGCAUGGGCUACGUCGAGGAGAUGCCGGCCUCGAGGCUGCUGAGGGAUGCUAAACUAUACGAGAUCGGCGCGGGGACGUCAGAGAUCCGCCGCAUGGUGAUCGGAAGGGCGUUCAAUAAGGAGUAUGCCCAUCUCGCGGCGUGA